AUGGCUGCAAUAGACCUCAAGGGGAAGGGGGCAAUUGUCACCGGUGGCGGCUCAGGGAUAUGCCUGUCAUUCGUCCGCCAGCUGUACGCCGCCGGGUGCGACGUCUUGAUUUGCGAUCUAUCCCUUCAUCGUGAGGCAAUCGCAUGGCUCGACACAAUUCAGAAGAAUGCAACAGGUCCAUGGAAAAGAGAGUCGGGCGGCCCCAGUGUCGCAUUCCGCAGGACCGAUGUGUCUCAGUGGAACGAGCUUGAAAUAGCCUUCCAGCACUAUGCUGAGAUUUUCGGCGGUGUUCCCGAUAUUCUCUGUCCGGGAGCAGGAGUCUACGAGCCGUCGUUCAAUAACUUUUGGAACGACCGAGACGACACCCAUUACUCAAUGCUACGCAUCAACCUUGAACAUCCCUUGAAAAUGUCGCGGAUUGCAAUCCGCAAAUGGGUCCAAGCAGCACAGCCGGGGUAUAUCGUCCUUGUGUCGAGCACUGGAGCCCAGAAACCAAGCAUGCUGACUCCGCUGUACGGAGCGGCGAAGCAAGGAAUCAGUAAUUUUGCCAGGUGCAUGGCAAGGCUUCAAGAAAUGGAAAGCAUCCGCGUGGUCGCUAUUGCCCCUGGACCAACCAUGUCGCCGAUGAUAUACGAUCACGCUGAGGCUCUCAGGUUCGUUGAUCCGCAGAAGGAUAAGCUAUCGGAGCCAGACGAGAUUGGUCGCGGGAUGAUGGCGGUGUGCUUCGACAAGGGUAAGUUCCCCCCCGGAACGGUACUUGAGGUAACGCAUCCAGAUCGUUGGAGGGAAGUCUUCCUUCUUAACGAUCCCGGUCCAGGUGCCCAUGCGUAUACUAGCAGGAAAGAGGAAGGGAUGGCUGAUGUACAUGCAGCGCUCGAGGCUGACAGGUCAGGACACAAGUGA